AUCUUUAUAUCUCUCAGUUUUGCUCUGUUUUCCCUGCAACUCAAAAUCCGAGAUCUUUAACUCUCCAUAUUCAAUUUCUCUCUCUCUCUCUCUCUACAAUGGAAGUUGACGAGAGUUCAACUGAAAUCUCUCUGAUAGACACAGCCGCGACUCAAUCAUCAUCAGAAGACGUUCAACUAGACAAGUACCUACAGAGAUUGGAGUUGUUUCUUCGAUUCUUCGGCUUUUGUCAUUACUCUCCACUCAGCUUCACUCUCUCCUGGCUUUCAUUCCUCGCGAUCGGCUUGGCUGUUCCGUUUCUUAUAAUCGAGUUUUCGUAUUGCUCUGAUUGUGAGAAGUAUCAGAUCAGAGUGUUCGAGCUCGAAAUCUUCGUUUGUCAAUCCCUUCUCGCUGCCAUUUCUCUUCUCUGCAUUUCUCACAAUCUUCGCAAGUAUGGUGUUCGGAGGUUACUCUUCGUCGAUCGGUAUCGUGGUCAUAUGGCCCAGUUUCGCGACCUCUAUAUUCACAAGAUUCAUGACUUUUUCCGUGUACUUGCUUUGUGGACAUUACCGUGCUUGCUAUUGAAGACUGCCCGGGAGGUUGCCCGUGCCAUCUAUGUGCGUCAUGAUCCGUGGUGGCAAUCUGUUGGCAUUGUGAUAGCUUCUGUUGUCUCAUGGACGUACUUGACUAUGAUUUUUCUGUCAGGCACUGCUCUGUUCAAUUUGGUUUGCAAUUUGCAAGUGAUACACUUCGAAAGCUAUGGGAAGCUUUUAGAAAGGGAUUUGGAUGUUUCAGUUUAUAUUGAGGAGCACAUCCGUUUAACACAUUACUUAUCUAAAAUAAGCCACAGAUUCCGAAUAUUUCUUCUUCUGGAGUUCUUGGUAGUGACAGCUAGUCUAUUUGUGGCUCUAUUACAAACAACAGGGAAUCAUGGAAUCCUCAAUUUGAUAAACGGUGGUGAUUUUGCUGUCUCCUCAAUCGUUGAGCUUGUUGGAAUAAUUCUGUGUCUGCAUGGAGCUGCAAAGAUUACACAUAGAGCUCAAGGAAUUGCAUCAGUGGCCAGUAGAUGGCAUGCUUUUGUUACAUGCAAUUCUAAUGAGGGUUCUCAAGGGGGAACUGUGACUAAUGGGAGAAAUGUGGAGGCUGUCAAUCCAACAGGUGCAUUACCAAUGUACUACUCAGAAAGUGAUUUGGAAUCGACUGAUUAUGUGCCCAUGCCAACAAAUACCCAGCUGGCUUCUUAUAUGUCUUCAUACCACAAACGGCAAUCCUUUGUUACAUAUUUGCAGUCCAAUCCUGGAGGGUUCACAGUUUUCGGAUGGACAAUUGAUCGGAUCCUUAUUAACACAAUCUUCUUCAUUGAGUUCUCUCUGUUUUCCUUUGUGCUCGGGAAGACCAUAACUAUCACUACCAGAUGACAUUUGCCAGAAACCCUACAAUGGAUACAUCCACAACAACAGCUUCCCUUUAGCCUGUUUCCAUGGGACAGCAUAGCAUCAUCUUCACCAAUGAGUGUUUAAUUUUUGAUGAUCUUUUUCAUUUACAGUUUCCUAAGAUAUUCGCAAGCAGUUGCCAUUUUUGUCAUCAUGUUGUUGGUAGGAAUGACUCUACCUGGAUUGAAUGUAUCAUUAGUAUGUCAUUUUUUUUUAUUAUCUAUUCACAUUGAAACAUUUACUUGA